AUGUCGCGCGCAAAUCAGUGGUUUGUGCCAGGCGAUGGUAUCGCAAGAGAAGUCAUCACGGCCGACAUCCAGCGCUACCUGGGUCCAGAUGCGCUCGUCAGGCCUGGCACCGGCACCGGAGAGUACCAGGGCCAGCCCGGCUACUGGAUCACAGCCUACCGCACUCUCACAUCGCAAAUGAUUCAGGACUUGAAAAUGGACUCGCAACGCUGGCAACAGGAACGCCAGCCUGGCGAGUCGCGUGGAGUAGCUUAUCAAGACUCUCGCACACAUGCUGCUCGCCAGCAUUGGGGUCCCACGAAACCCUACGAUCAGGCCGCCGAGGCCUAUGAGCCGCCCUCGCGCGGCUCCACGUCGUCGAGGGCGACGUAUGCCUCGUCUUCGACGGGCGGUUAUGCUAGCAGUGAUGCCCACUACACCACCACGCCCACCGCUCCCUAUGGAAGCUCACAUGCCGGCUACCAGGCUGCCCCCGCAUCCGCGGCCCCAAGGACACAGCCUGCGGACCCCUACUCGGCCUACCAGCAACAGCCCAGUUCCCGGGAUUAUCCCUCUCACUCUGGCUACUCUUCUUACCCUGUCCAGGCCACCGCGGAUCCCUAUGGUCGUUCAACGGCUCCUCCCUCUGGCCAGUACGCCGCCCCAAGUGCAACAGCCGCGCCAGGCUACUACAUUGCUUCGGACGGUCGCCAAUACCCAUUGUCCCAGCAACCGCAGACGUCGUCUCAAAAUCCACAACCGGGAGCUUCCCGGUACUCAAGUAGCCGAAGGUAG